AUGACCUCCAAAGAAGAUGCGAAAGGCGCGUCGGUGGAGGACAGGAGACGCAGUCCCCUGGAUCACCUGCCGCCACCUGCCAACUCGAACAAGCCCUUGACGCCCUUCAGCAUCGAAGACAUCCUCAACAAGCCGUCGGUGAAGCGAACUUACACUAUCUGCGGGACGGCGCACCUGAUCUCGUCCGGGGAGAAGCACUCUUCGUCAGGUCAUCCGCUGUCCAAUCGCGCGCUGCUUACCCAAACGUCGCCUCUCUGCGCCCUGGAGGAGCUAGCCAGCAAAACGUUCAAAGGCCUGGAAGUCAGCGUUCUGCAGGCAGCAGAAGGAAGGGACGGUAUGACACUGUUUGGGAGCCGGAAUACCCCCAAAAAGAGAAGAAAAUCCCGCACAGCUUUUACAAACCACCAAAUCUACGAGCUGGAGAAGCGCUUCCUUUACCAGAAAUAUCUGUCCCCUGCCGACAGGGAUCAAAUCGCCCAGCAGUUGGGUCUGACGAACGCCCAAGUCAUCACUUGGUUCCAGAACCGUCGAGCCAAGCUCAAGCGGGACUUGGAGGAGAUGAAAGCGGACGUGGAGUCGGCUAAGGCCGUAGGUAAUGUUCCCUUUGAGAAAAUGGCUAAACUGGCAGACCUGGAGAAAUGUGCCGCCAACGGGGGUCUGGGAAGUUCUGUGAUGAGACCCGAGUCGCCCACGCUGUCCAGCCACGACAGCUCGAACAAACUGCAAAUGUCGCCGUCGUCGCCGCUGACGGACCACACAACGAGCAAAGAGUGCUCGGAAGACGAGGACGAGGAGAUUGAUGUGGAUGACUGAGACAUCAUAAGACAGAACAAUACCAGCACAUAUUAUCCCCACAUUUCUGAUAGCGCUAAAAGUGCCAUUAAUGCACCAAAUGUAUUUAUGUGACUUUUAUAUAAACGAAGAAAAAAAUCAAACCAAGCAUGGACAGUCUCCACAAAACUAUUUAUGCAGCGACAGCUAUAUGAAUAUCCUCCUCGUUCUUUUAUUUAAUCACCUGCGACAAAAAGCAAUAAGAGGUUCCCUCACACCUGACGUAGAAAUAGAAA